UCUUAACGUUACCUUCUUCAGUUUGGUUCUUUAAACUGCUAACAAACUAGUGAUUUAAACUGUCAUUUUAAAGCUACACCGUUGUUGUCGGUUUAUGUUGCCUGUCUGACCGUCGGCGGAUUGAUAUACUGAUGCCUUGUGAUUUGGAGCCUUUGGGUCCAGACUCAGGCUUGGUGUGUUUUCAGUCUGUCCUGAGAUAAAAUGCGGAAUUUGAAGCUGCUGAAGAGCCUACGGAGCUCGGAGCUGCAGGGUCCAGGCUCCCCACAGUGUUUCUCUGUGCGGGCUGACACCGGCUCGCUGCUGGUUGCUUCUCACUACUCCAUCACAGAGUAUGACCCACGAACUGGCCAGGUGGUCAGUGAGGCCUCAUUGACAGCUGAGGGUUUCCUCCCAGAGGACGGCAGCGGAAUGGUGGUUGGCCUGCGGGACCUGGCUGAACUCGAGUCGGCAUGUUUGGCCACAGCUGGUGGCGAUGUCGUCCUCUUCAACCUCAACACCUGCCAGUUAGAGUGUGUUGGCAGUGUGGACAGCGGCCUGACCUCGAUGAGUUGGAGUCCUGAUGAAGAGCUCGUCAUUCUCACUACUGGUCAGGAAACGAUCAUCAUGAUGACCAAAGAGUUUGAGCCGAUCACUGAGAUCGGAAUCCACCAGGAUGACUUCGGUGAAGGUAAGUUCAUCACCGUGGGUUGGGGGAAGAAGGAGACUCAGUUCCACGGCUCAGAGGGUAAACAGGCAGCACAAAGGAAGAUCCAGGAGGUGCAGCCGGCUGCAGCCUGGGAUGACAGCAGGCCGCGGGUGACAUGGCGAGGUGAUGGUCAACUGUUUGCUGUCAGUGCCGUCUGUCUUCAGACCGGAGCCAGGAAGGUCCGGGUCUGGAACAGAGAGGGAGUCCUGCAGGCCACCAGCGAGCCCAUCAACGGCCUAGAGCAGGCGCUCUGCUGGAAACCCUCAGGCAGCCUGAUAGCGAGCACUCAGCGUCAUCCGAACAAACACAGUGUGGUUUUCAUGGAGAAGAACGGACUGCUGCAUGGAGACUUCACCCUCCCAUUCAGCAAAGACCAGGCCAAGGUGAAGGAUUUGCUGUGGAACAGUGACUCCACUGUUUUAGCUGUUUGGUUGGAGGACAUGACUGCUGGAGAAGAAAAACAAGUCAACACUUACAUCCAGCUGUGGAUGGUGGGAAACUACCACUGGUAUCUGAAGCAGAGCCUGGACUUUGGCAGAGACUCUCAGAAGGCUCCGGUCUGUGUCUGCUGGGACCCUGAGCACCCCCUAAGGCUCCACGUGGUGACCCGCAGUUGGACCAGCAUCACCUACGACUGGGGCUGGACGACUGAGCGGAGCCCCGGGCUGGACGCCACCGACAACGCCAACGUGGCUGUGAUUGAUGGAGAUAAAAUCCUGGUGACAACCUUCAGGCAGUGUGUGGUUCCUCCUCCCAUGUGUUCAUUUGAGCUCCAGCUGACCUCACCAGUCAACCAGGUGACCUUCCUCUGCCAGCCUCAGAAGACCAAUCAGCUGGCAGCGUUGACGUCCGAUGGACAGAUCUCAGUCUACAGCCAAGAUUUAGGAGAACAGGCUGACAAAACAGCAAAUGGGUUCCGGACGAUGUCUCGUCCCCUGGUCCUCCAGAAAACCCUCAGAGUGACGGUUCUCCAGGAGGAGCCUCUGGCCCUGCGGCAGCUGCUGUGGCUGGAGGAUGAGCUGUUUGUGGGUGUGAGCUCCAGUCUCCUGCCAACCUCCUCCACCCUGCUGAUGCUCCGUCCUGCUCAUGAUGCUGAUGACACACUCACUGUCAGGUCUGAAAUAGAAGUGGAUGGUGUUGUGGUUAGUAUGGUUCACUUCUCCCAGACUGGCACUGUGGCACUACAGCUGGAGGAUGGACAGAUCAGGAAGCUGCUCUGGGAUUGUCCUGAGCCGUCAGUGGAGGAUUGGCGUGACUCCAGCGGAUGUAGCAUCAACUUCCCUUUUCCCUGCGUUCAGACGGUCCUCUGCAGCAUCAGUGGGGAGGAAUAUCUACUCGGCCUGACGGACAGAUCCCACCUGUACGCUGGAGACACAGAGCUGGCCUCCAAUAUUUCCUCCUUCGCCAUUUGCAACGACUUCCUUCUCAUCACCACACAUUCCCACACCUGCCGCUGCCUCCAACUGAGCAAACUCAGUGUCAAAGGGCUGCAGGCAGCUUUAGCCUCAGAUGGAGGUCAGAAUGACGAGACUCUGCGGCGGGUGGAGAGGGGAUCCAGGAUCGUCACUGUGGUCCCGCAAGACACCAGAGUGAUUCUACAGAUGCCACGUGGGAACCUGGAGACGGUGCAUCAUCGAGCGCUGGUGUUGGCUCAGCUCAGGAAGUGGUUGGACAGUUUGAGGUUCAGAGAUGUCUUUGAGUCUAUGAGGAAGCUGAGGAUCAACUUGAACUUCAUUUAUGACCACAACCCAAAGGUUUUCCUGGAGAACAUGGAGACCUUCAUCACACAACUCAACUCCGUCAACCACAUCAACCUCUUCCUCACUGAGCUCAAGGAGGAGGAUACAACCAGCAGCAUGUACCCCCGUCCUGAGAGCAGCCUGGUCCAGACCCAGCCUGUUUCUGGCCAGAAGAAGGUGGAUGUAGUUUGUGAUGCUUUACGGAGCGCCAUGGAAUCAAUGGGUCCAAACAAGUUCUUUCUGUCCAUACUGACGGCUCAUGUGAAGAAGACAGUUCCAGAGCUGGAGAUCGCCCUUCAGAAAGUCCAUGAGCUUCGAGUGAACCCUCCUGAAGCUCCCGGUGCUGUAAGGGCUGAAGAGGCAUUAAAGUACCUCCUCUUCCUCGUCAACGUCAACGACCUAUACGAACACUCUCUGGGAACAUAUGACUUUGACCUCGUGCUCAUGGUGGCCGAGAAAUCCCAGAAGGACCCCAAAGAGUACCUUCCCUUCUUAAACAUGCUGAAGAGCCUGGAGCCAAACUACCAGCGCUACACCAUCGACAAACACCUGAAACGCUACAGGAAGGCCCUGGAUCACCUCAGCAAGUGUGCAGGAGAGGAACAUUUCCCUGAAGCUUUGCGGCUUGUGAAGGAGCAGAAACUCUACAGUGAAGCUCUGCGGCUGUACACAGCAGAUAGUCCUCACUACAAGGCUCUAAGCUGUGCUUACGCCCAGCACCUAAUGGAGCAGCAACAGGCAGAGCAGGCCGGCCUGUUGCUUUGGCGAUGCGGAGAGCCAGUUAGCGCCCUGCAGGCAUUCGCCAGCAGCUCCAGUUGGAGAAACGCCAUCUGCGUGGCGCAGCAAAUCCCGCUACCACCGGACCAGUUAGCUCUACUGGCCAGAGAUCUGGCAGAGAAGCUGACUGAACAGCGACGGUACUCAGAAGCUGCUCUGCUGUUGGACCAGUACGCCAAAGACUGUGAGGAGGCCAUCUUGGCUCUCAUCACUGGUUCAGUCUGGGAAGAGGCGCUCCGAUUGAUUUUCAUGCACGACAGACAGGACAUCACUGAAACCAACCUCAAACCUGCUCUGUUGGAAGCUGUCAGCACCCAGACCGCCUUCUUGGAGGCUCAAGUAGCGACAUUCACUCGGCACAGGACCCGACUGGCUGUGGUUCGAGAGCAGAAAGAGAAGGCCAGACUGGACAUGCUGGAUGAAGAUGGUCCAGACUGUCCUGAUGCUGAGCUUUACUCUGAAGCCAGCAGUGUGAUGACCGGUUCCAAAUACUCCCAGAGUAACUCCCGCAUCUCCUCGAGGUCAUCAAAGAACCGUCGGAAAGCAGAGCGGAAGAAGUUGAGUCUAAAGGAAGGAAGCCCGAUGGAGGACAGGGCGCUUAUGUACGCUCUGGGUGAGAUCAUCACCACUGUGGACAAGAUGAGAGAGGAAGUGCACAACCUGCUGAAGGCCCUGGUGCUGUUCCAGUUUGACAAGCAGGCAGGGAAGCUGCAGCUGGCCUACGAGGAGGCUCUGCAGAUGAUGGAGGCAGCAGUUCCUGAGGUGUGGCCUGAGGGCCUGCAGAACAAUCAAGCUCCGCUGACCGGGCCAAACUCAACUGCAAACAGCAUCAUGGCUUCUUUCCACCAGCAGCAGAGACCUGCAGCUUCACACCAAGCUGCUGAGGUCCUGACGCCACCAAAGAUGAGAAACGGUGUCAAGUGGAAACUCACUAUUCUGACGUAAAUUAGUUUUGUUUUAAUUUUUUUUAACUGUAAAGUCAAAUGGUAAUUAUGUAAUAAAUAAAGAUUCAGUUAAUGUCUCCUUA